GAACGUGUAUCGUUUGUCACGUGAUGCCGGCAUGGCGGUGUUUGCGGAUUUGAACCUGAAGAAGGGUUCUGACACGAAAGCGCUUAAGGGGCUUCUGGAGAACGCCGCUCACCUUGGGUUUUCGACUGUUGCCAUUAAUCAUGUUGUGGACUUUAAGGAAAAGAAGCAGGAAAUUGACAAACCACUAGUUCCUUCAGAGCUCUUUUCAUCUUUGCCUAUUGUACAAGGGAAAUCAAAACCAAUUAAAAUUUUAAGUAGACUGACACUUAUAGUAUCAGAUCCAUCUCACUGCAAUGUUCUGAGAGCAACGUCUUCCCGUGUCAAGCUAUAUGACAUUGUUGCAGUUUUUCCUAAGACAGAAAAACUUUUCCAUGUUGCUUGCACAAGUUUAGAUGUGGAUUUGGUAUGCAUAACAGUAACAGAAAAAUUGCCAUUUUACUUCAGAAGACCUCCCAUUAAUGUGGCAAUUGAACGAGGUAUCUGCUUUGAGAUUACUUAUUCUCCUGCCAUCAAAGACUCCACGAUGAGGAGAUACACCAUUUCCAAUGCACUCAGUCUGAUGCAGAUCUGCAAAGGGAAGAAUAUAAUUGUAUCUAGUGGUGCAGAAAGGCCUUUAGAAAUAAGAGGACCGUAUGAUGUAGCAAACUUAGGCUUGUUGUUUGGGCUCUCUGAAAGUGAUGCCAAGGCAGCAGUAUCCACAAAUUGCAGGGCAACACUUCUUCAUGGAGAAACCAGAAAGACUGCUUUUGGUAUUAUUUAUACAACAAAGAAGCCAAGAACAACUGAAGAAGAUGACAGUGUUCCAGCCUGCAAAAAAGCCAAGUGUGAGGACUGACUGAAAGAGGCGCCUUGACUUCCACUGCCCCAAGCCUCUCCUUUCAUCAACUGUCACCAACAGUCAUGAAGAAAAUAUUUCACCAGGCUCCCUGCUUGAAUGUUAGGUUGGAAUUAAUCAUUUUAUAAACCUUAUUUAUGUCCCAGUCAGUAAAAAAGGAAACAGACCAGUGAACCACUAGUAAUAACCUUGGCAUCAAUUAAUUUUGUUUAAAUGAAAAAUAGAGGAAUGACAUGUCUCUGUUUGCAAGUAGGACGUUGUGGAGAACAUAAAUAGUUGACAAUGUUUUAAUUCAUUGAAAUUUCACCUUAUCUCUAUCUCUUGUUCUUUAAAUAUUUUUAUGCCUUUUUAUAAAACAGUAUCAGUAAUUUAUUUUUUCCAUAUUACUAUUCAAGAUAAAUAGUAUGUUUAGGAGCAUAUUAAAAUUUGCCCUCUGAGGAAACUUUUGUAAUACUGAUUUUGAGAUGAGCUUGUCCUUUUUGGGGGGGGGGAGGGUGUCUUUUGCUUUAAGAUUUUGUUGCAGAAGAAAAAUAUAUUGAUGUGUUUGUUUUGAUACAAUAGAUACUUCCCAACAAAUACUCAAAUGAAUCCCUUUACAAAAUGUAUUCCCUCCAUGGCCAAGAAGCCAGAUUUAUUGUUAACAAGAAAGAGAGAUAUGCCUUUUAACUUUAUAGUACGAAUGUUAACCAUUGUAUUUUACCACGAUUUGUUGCUUCUCAUUGACUUAAUUUUUGUUGUAGGAGAAAUUGUGUACGUUGUUUACCUCUGCCUUUUCUCAUGUUUCUCUGAAUUCUUUACAUUUGUCAUUGUUUACAGCGCAGUAUAUUAGUUCAUUAUAUUUAUACACCAUAGUGCGUUCAACCAUUCCCUGAUCAUUU